AUGGAAGAAUUAAAGAGACGAAUUGAAGAACAAUCACGUAAAGCCGGCUUGGAUGAAUUGACGGCGGAAGAACGUGCACUUAGAAGACCUCAACCGCCAGGUGUAGAAUGGUGGGAUCAACAAUUCUUACCCGGUCAAGAUUCGUACGAUGCUGUGCGAUCACUUAGUGUGGAGAAAGGAAAAGGCAAAGAUACUGGUUCUGUGUUGAUAGAAGGAGAAGGCUCGCCUGUGGAUAUAUACAUACAACAUCCCAUCCCUAUCCCAGCACCAUCAGAUAAGAUCAAAAUUGAGCCACGAGGCGUAAUGCUGACGAAGAAGGAGAUGAAAAAGAUGAGGAGGAUGCGUAGACGAGCUGAGCAGGAAGACAAGAGGGAUCGAAUUAAGAUGGGCUUACAAGCACCUGAUCCACCGAAGGUCAAAUUGAGCAAUUUGAUGAGAGUGUUGACGUCAGAAGCAAUCGCAGAUCCGACCAAAGUGGAAGCAAGGGUACGAAGAGAAGUGGCAGCACGUAAAGAGCAACAUGAACAAAAUAAUCUAGAGAGAAAGUUAACAGAUGAAGAAAGAAAGGCGAAGCUGGAAGAACAAAAACAAAAAGAUUUAUCAAAAGGAUUGUUUACGCUCGUGUUCAAAAUCAAACAUCUUGCUAGUCCUUCACAUAAAUUCAAAGUACGCAAAAAUGCAUUGCAACUGGGCUUGACGGGUAUGACUUUGUUUGGCAAAGAUUUUGCUCUGGUGUUUGUGGAAGGAGGUCAAAAGGCGAUCAAAUCGUACAGGCAUUUGAUGAUGAACAGAAUCGAUUGGCAAGAUCCUGGAAGACCGAAAGCAUCGGAUGGUAUCGACAAUUUGUCGGACAUUGGUACGCCUGCAACGCAAUCUUCGAACACACUCAGCAUGAAUGAGCAAGAUGAAUUGUUGAAUAACAUAAAUUGGCCGGAAAACUUUUGUAGAAUCUUAUUCGAAGGUCCAAUUCGGGAACGUAGAUUUGAAAGUGGAUUUCAAGCACGAAAAUGUGAAACCGAUUAUGAUGCUAAACAAGCUUUGGAAUCCAAGAGAGCUUCUUAUUGGGAUUUGGCGAAACGAGACGAGAAGGCGAACGAAGAUGAAUAUAUAUUGUAA